GAGUGUCUGCUCUGUCUGAACAACAAUGGAAUGUUUUUUGCAUACAUCAUUCUUACUCUUCAUCAUUCUCUCCUACUCCAUAGUCACAGAAUCCGCCAACAAACCUAACCGAAUGGCUUUGAAGCUGAUACACCGUGACACAAUGGCCCGUAAGACUCGAGUUCCAGCCACUCUAGAAGAUCAUAUGGAACAUCUGACAAGUCUCUCAUCAGCUCGGUUCAUGCAUCUACAGAACACGAUUGAUAAAGAGCUAAGCAACAGUGACUUCCAAGUCGACAUGCACCAAGCAAUCACAACGUCGAUGUUCUUCGUGAACUUCUCGGUAGGACAGCCUCUGGUACAGCAGUUCGCAAUCAUGGACACAGGAAGCUCACUGUUAUGGAUCAAAUGUCUUCCAUGCAAACAAUCCUCCUCGUCAACACGUCCUAUCUUCAAUCCAGCACUGUCUUCAUCGUACGUAGAGUAUUCAUGCAACGAUGAGUUUUGUAGGUAUGCACCAGCCGGACAUUGCGGCUCCUCGCACGAGUGUCUUUACGAGCAAGUGUACAUAAACGGCGCUGGCUCAAAAGGCGUGUUCGCUAAAGAACAGUUAACGUUCACAACGCCUAGCGGAAACAGAGUUUUGACUAAACCAGUUGCGUUUGGGUGUGGCCAUGAGAAUGGUGAACAGUUAGGGAGUGAGUUAACCGGUAUUUUGGGUUUAGGAGCUAAACCGGCUUCCGUUGCGGUCCAGCUCGGGUCUAAAUUCUCUUACUGCAUCGGCGACUUAGCUAACAAAAACUACGGUUUCAACCAGCUGGUUCUUGGAGAGGACGCUGAUGUUCUCGGCGAUCCAACGCCCAUCGAGACAGAGACUGGCAUCUACUACAUGAGUCUCGAAGGGAUCAGUGUCGGGGAGAAACAACUGAAUAUAGAACCAAUGGUGUUCAAAAGAAGAGGGGCGAGAACAGGAGUGAUACUGGACUCAGGAACACUCUUCACUUGGCUCGCAGAAGCAGCUUACAGAGAACUCUAUAACGAAGUCAAAGCCAUUCUUGAUACACAGCUGGAGAGGUUCUGGUUUAGGGACCUGUUGUGUUACCAUGGGAAAGUAAGUGAAGAGCUAAUAGGUUUCCCUGUGGUGACGUUUCGGUUUGCGGGAGGAGCGGAGCUGGCUAUGGAAGCUGCGAGUAUGUUUUAUCCGUUGUCGGAAACUGAUGUGUAUCUUAACGUGUUUUGUAUGUCGGUGAGGCCGACGACGGAACAUGGAAGGCAGUAUAAAGAUUUCACAGCUAUUGGGUUAAUGGCUCAGCAAUACUAUAAUAUUGCUUAUGACCUCAAGGAUAAGAACGUUUAUCUACAGAGAAUAGACUGUGUUCUACUUGAUGACUAUUCUCCAUCCUGAUAACAUAUAAAUGUUACCUGCUGUUGGAUGCAUCAUAACAUAUAAAUGUUACCUGCUGUUGGAUGCAUCAUAUCUUACGCAGACACGUUAAAUGUUAUGAAAAUAAACCAGAUUUUUACAGAA